CAAAGUUGACCGAUGGACGAUGCCAAUAAUGGGGUGACCAGCCUGGCCUGUUUAUACCCGGAAACAUGUUGGCGUGUGAUACCUGCUCACUACCCCACCCCCACCCACCCAUCCCCCAACCCCUCCUCUCCACCGUCCAUACGGAUCUACUUUAAAGAUCUACGGCGGCUGAGAUCAAAACACAUCCAAUAAUUGCAGCAUUGUUUAUCUUUGCGGAAAAAGAAAAUUAUCUGUAUAUAUAUCCCGGAGGAAGGAGUGAUGAACUAGAGUAGGACCCACAACUCCCGCCGCGUUCAGCCGGGGCCCACUAGCCUGAAUCGACGGGCAAGAUUAAACGGCUCGCGUUGAAUCGACGGUCCAGGAACGGUAUCGUUACAGCGAUCCAUACCCUAGAUCCGGCUCUGCCUUCUUUAGCAGACUCUGUUUCAAUUUGCUCUUUCUCUUUUUUUUGUUUGCCGCCAGACCAGCUGCUCUCUCUCCCUCCGGCCGGCGGUGGAGAUACUCUUGACGACGGAGAAGGGGGGAAGAGUGGGAUUUUGAAAAGAUGAGUAACGGCGGAGAAAUGAGUCAGCAGCAGCAGAUUCAGCACCAGCAAUGGAUGGCGAUGCAGCAGCAGUAUCAGCAGCAGUGGAUGGCGAUGCAAUACCCGCCGCCGGCCGCCAUGCUUAUGUACGGCCACCCGCAGGGCUACGUGCCUUACUACCCCCAGGGCCACGCGCAGCUGCCGCCGCCGCCGCAGCACCUGCAGAAGCAAUCUCCGCCGCUGGUGCAGGGCGCCGGCGCCGGUGAAGAGAACCGGACGAUCUGGAUUGGGGAUCUUCAGCAAUGGAUGGACGAAGGGUAUCUCCAUUCCUGCUUCGCUCCCGCCGGAGAGGUUCUUUCUGUUAAGAUUAUUCGCAAUAAGCUGACUGGUCAGUCAGAGAGAUAUGGAUUUGUUGAGUUUAGUUUACAUGCUGCUGCAGAGAAAGUCUUGCAGAGCUAUAGCGGUGCAAUGAUGCCAAAUGCAGAACAGCCCUUUCGGUUAAAUUGGGCUUCAUUUAGCAGCGGUGAUAAGAGAACACCCCCCGAAUCGAAUUCUGAUUUAUCCAUUUUUGUUGGAGAUUUGGCUGCUGAUGUCACUGACACUGUGUUGCAUGAAACCUUUGCCAAUAGAUAUUCAUCCAUCAAAGGUGCAAAAGUAGUUGUUGAUUCAAAUACAGGGCGCUCAAAAGGCUAUGGCUUUGUCAGGUUUGGUGAUGAAAAUGAAAGGUCGCGGGCCAUGACUGAAAUGAAUGGUGAGUACUGCUCAAGCAGACCCAUGCGUUUGGGAGUUGCAACUCCUAAGAAACCGUCUAUGCAACAGCAGCAAUCUGCACAAGGAGGUGGAUUUGCUUCUAAUGGUACUCUUACUUCAGGCUCCCAAUUUGAUAAUGAUUCUUCUAACACAACGAUAUUUGUGGGUGGACUUGAUUCAGACGUGAGUGAUGAAGAACUAAGGCAGUCCUUUAUUCAGUUUGGGGAUGUGGUCUCUGUUAAAAUUCCAACCGGGAAAGGGUGUGGUUUUGUACAAUUUGCAAUUAGGAGUGCAGCAGAGGAUGCAUUGGAAAAAUUGAAUGGAUCGGUCAUUGGGAAGCAGACAGUUCGCCUUUCAUGGGGGCGCACUCCUUCAAACAAGCAGCACGGGAGAAGUGAGAAUAAUGGUCAAUGGAAUGGGGCGUAUCAGGGAAGGCAAAAUAAUGGUGGAUAUGGAUAUUACAUGUCACAUAAUAGGGAUCAAAGCAUGUAUACUUCACCUGGAUACGGGAACCACCACCAGCAACCUGUGAGCUAACUCUUAUUGUCUGGUUGUAACUGUUUGAGUUAUACCUCAGAAACUGAACUGUCUUGUUUUUUUCCUGGUUGGUUGAACUUAAGACUGAUAAUAAAAUCAGUUGUGUUUGAGAAUUUUGUAGCUGGAUUGAAUUCAUCCAUUAGCUAGUAUGACAUUUUAAACCUGAAGCUUACCACAAUGAUUGGUGCUUUAACCUACAUUAUCUGAUGGUGAAGUACACCUCGGGUCUAGUCUAAAUGACGGUCUCUGGUCAAUGUUGCAUGUAAACGUGAAAAAUAUAGGGAAACGUGAAAUGGGA